UGUGCAUGUACCAGCUGCCUCCAGGCCAACUACACGUGUGAAACAGAUGGGGCCUGCAUGGUUUCCAUUUUCAACCUGGAUGGGAUGGAGCACCACGUGCGCACCUGCAUCCCCAAAGUGGAGCUGGUCCCCGCCGGGAAACCCUUCUACUGCCUCAGCUCUGAGGACCUCCGCAACACCCACUGCUGCUAUACUGACUUCUGCAACAGGAUCGACCUUAGGGUGCCCAGUGGUCACCUCAAGGAGUCUGAGCACCCUUCCAUGUGGGGCCCCGUGGAGCUGGUAGGCAUUAUUGCUGGCCCAGUGUUCCUCCUGUUUCUCAUCAUCAUCAUUGUUUUCCUUGUCAUUAACUAUCAUCAGCGUGUCUAUCACAACCGCCAGAGACUGGAUAUGGAAGAUCCCUCGUGUGAGAUGUGUCUCUCCAAAGACAAGACGCUCCAGGAUCUUGUCUACGAUCUCUCCACAUCAGGGUCUGGUUCAGGGUUGCCCCUUUUUGUCCAGCGCACAGUGGCCCGAACCAUCGUUUUACAGGAGAUAAUUGGCAAGGGCCGGUUUGGGGAAGUGUGGCGUGGCCGCUGGAGGGGUGGCGAUGUCGCGGUGAAGAUUUUCUCUUCUCGUGAAGAACGGUCUUGGUUCCGGGAAGCAGAGAUCUACCAGACAGUCAUGCUGCGCCAUGAAAACAUCCUUGGAUUUAUUGCUGCUGACAAUAAAGCGGACUGCUGGUUCCUCAUAUUGCUGUGGGGGUUUGUAACGGCCUCAGCUGCCCCCAGGCUGAAGAGGCUCAGACUCAAACACAAGGGAAGAAGGGGAAGAGAGAAUUGUAUACUCCCUCUGCAUAAUGGCACCUGGACACAGCUGUGGCUCGUCUCAGACUACCAUGAGCAUGGCUCCCUGUUUGAUUAUCUUAACCGGUACACGGUGACAAUCGAGGGGAUGAUUAAGCUGGCCUUGUCUGCGGCUAGUGGGUUAGCCCACCUGCACAUGGAGAUUGUGGGUACCCAAGGGAAGCCUGGAAUUGCUCAUCGAGACUUAAAAUCAAAGAACAUCCUGGUGAAGAAAAAUGGCAUGUGCGCCAUUGCAGACCUGGGCCUGGCUGUCCGCCAUGAUGCGGUCACUGACACCAUUGACAUUGCCCCAAAUCAGAGGGUGGGAACCAAACGAUACAUGGCCCCCGAAGUACUCGAUGAGACCAUUAAUAUGAAGCACUUUGACUCCUUCAAAUGUGCCGAUAUCUAUGCGCUCGGCCUUGUGUAUUGGGAGAUUGCUCGAAGAUGCAAUUCUGGAGGAGUCCAUGAAGAGUAUCAGCUACCAUAUUAUGACUUAGUGCCCUCUGACCCUUCCAUUGAGGAAAUGCGAAAGGUCGUAUGUGACCAGAAGCUACGUCCCAACAUCCCCAACUGGUGGCAGAGUUACGAGGCACUGCGGGUCAUGGGGAAGAUGAUGCGAGAGUGCUGGUACGCCAACGGCGCGGCCCGCCUGACUGCCCUGCGCAUUAAGAAGACCCUCUCACAGCUCAGCGUGCAGGAAGACGUGAAGAUCUAA